ACACACACACACACACACACACACACACACACGGUUCCCAUGCGCUCUGUAAGCCGUCGUCACAAAAACCAGCAUGGCACCAUGCCGGGAACCGUGGGGACCACGGGAGCAAGCCUCCAUGGCAUUGGUAUCUGCCUGACUUGGGGGCACCCUGAGAGCAGCCUUCUCAGCCCUGGCCAGUCACUACAUGAGCGAUGCCAAGUACGCGGAUCGCGGUGUCUUCGCUCCAUGACGGCGCGCAGACUCAGCCCCGAAGCCCCAGGGACAGAGAAAACUGGAGUCGCCACGCUAAGCGCGCCCCACGAAACACGCAGCUCUGCACCCUGGCCUGAGGCCGUCGGAGAGGUCCCUGGCCAGUUCUGGCUCCCGCAGCUGGGUAGCGCCCGCCCGGGUGCCUCCCGCUGGCUCGCCACGCUGUCACCGCACUGGGUCCUCUUGGUUUUCCACAUGCGCGCACAGACACGCGUCCUGCCCUUCCCCGGCCAAACCGCCGGCACACCUGCACACAUGUGGUGAUGCAGACCCCUCCGGCAUCCCUAGGGCGCCUCUGGCGGACCAGAGGCAGCCCCGCAGCCGGCUGUCACUCUACGGGAACGCUGCGGGGGGCUCCCAGGCGCCCCUUCCCCUGGGAGAUGCGCGCCGCGACGUGGCACUUACAGUUCUCAGGAACUGGAUCUCGUCCUCGCCUUCGCCCGCAUCAGCCAUGGCUCCGCGCUCCUGGCCGGGCCGGCUCCGGAGCCCGGUGGAGCCCCGCGACCGCGGCCACUUAUGCUGCUGCUGCGGCGGCGGCAGCGGCGGCUUCUCUGGGCGCUCUAGUCACUGCUACCCGAGAUGUUCUGGGGGCUCCAGUGGCUGCUCCUCCGGUCGCUGCCCCUGCGGCGGCCACAGCCAAGAAGCCGGAGGCGCUCCGGGGGCCGCGCUGCUGGUGCCGAGAGCCCAGCGGUCGGUCCCCCUGCAGCGCGGCGGAGGCGGGCGCGCGGGGGCGGCCGAGGCGCGGGGCCUCCCUGCGCCGCACGGUGCGGGAGGAGGGCAGCCCGGCGUGAGGACGCAGGGAGGAGGCCCCCACUGUCCGGCGCGCUCGGCCCCGGCUCCCGCCAGCGAGUGCCCGGAGCCCGCGGAGCCCGGCUAGUGCAGCGGCGGGGGCGGGCUGGGGGCGGGCGGGGAGGAGCUGCCAGCCCCGGCUGCUGCAGGUAAUCCGCAGCCCGCUCCUCCGGCCGCCAGCGCCGGGGCACAGCGCCGCUUACUGGCUGCUCGAGGAAUCAGCCGGCGCGAGCCAGAGCGCUCAGCCAGCCACUGCACCUGUGCCCUUCCUGACCUCAAGUCCAACAAGCUCAGCUUCCCGCUGAGCCGCGCUACAGCCCUUGCCACCCAUUCCCAAGGCCUCUUGGAUUGCACGGGGAAACUCUACUGCUCCGCCGGUGCACAGAAUGGGGAGCCUCUCAGUGUAGUGGAGAUUUACACGUGGACUCCCUCCAUUCGAGAUAGAAGUGGUUUUCUUAGUUGGGUCAGAAUGCACCAGACUCAUCCAUCACAGAUAAGUUCUCACCACAAGGAACCUGGUGUGGAUGGAUGGUCGGGGAGUUUUAACCAAUUAUUCAGCGACAGGGGUGGGAGAGACAACAGGGGUGGCUGAGUCAUUAAGGGCACUCACUGUUUUUGUAGAGGACCCGGUUCGGUUCCUAGCACCCACCCAAGACAGCUCACGACCACCUAUAACCCCACGUUCCAGGAGACCCAAUGCCCUCUGACCUCCACGGGCACCUGACGGUUACUUCGUGUCCAUACAUUCAUGUAGGCACAUACGCAUAGUUAAAAAUAAAUAUAUAUUAAAAAGUAUUCAACAACGACAGCACAUCACAUGAUCUGACAACAAAGUAGGCACCUUGCCAUGCAUUGUGGUACAAGGCACAUGAGUUCAUAAUGCACCUGCGCAAAGAAUUACAAUAGACUAUGGAGAAAUGAGGACCAGUCCGAAUCACUGAAUGACUUUAAACUCACACCGAGGUAUCCUUUAUUCGCCCUGAGAGAUAAAAGCUAAACAUUCUUCCACAAAUGCGGUAUCUAAGCCUCACAACGCUGCGUGUAAUCAUAAGCAAUCUAACCCCCAUUUUAAAAACAGCUGUAGGCCAGCUAUAUGGCUCAGCUGGUGAAGACACUUGCCACCAAUCCUGACUAUCUGAGUUCAAUCCCAGGGACCCAUGUGGUCAGAAGAAAGAACUCCAACAAGUUCUCCUCUGCCUCCACACACAGCCUCAUACACAUAAUAAAUAAAUGUUUUUAAAAAUACUAUGUAACUAUGACUAAGAAAACAAAAUGUUGGAAGCAACUGGGACAAGAAAUCCAGCACGUCUUUUUCUUAGUUUACAGUGUUUUCAUUUAUAUCACUGAAAAAUAUUAUGGAGAAAGAAGCUUUCCAAAGUGCCCAACCUAUACAUGUUCAGGAAUUAUGAAAUAAAUAAUUCUGCAUUAACUUAUCUCUGCUACACAUGCUACAGCAUCUGAUACAUCAGUAAAACUGGCCAGAAAGUUUCACAUGGGUGGGUUACAUUGUGUUUCCACCUUUCCUAUCUUUGACCUUAGGAAACCCUUAGAGUUAGGGUUUUUGUCC